GUGAAACUGAAACCAACCGCGACUUCAGAAGACAAGUAUAUUUUUUAUUUAUUGUUAGAGAAAGAAAUAAUUUCGCGAGAAGUGUCUCUACGGAAAAAAAAAAAAUGAAUAUGGACGUGUUCUUCAUGGACUCAUAUCAAAAGGAAAUAGGAAGCUUAGUGGAAUUGAACGUUGAAAAACUGAACAACGAAAAUGUAAACUAUAUAAAGAAAAAACAAAUUAUACCUAAAUAUAUUAGAGUCAGCUAUCUAUUCUAGAUUGCUGUACGAAAAGUAUGUUAGUUCAAUGUCUUCUACAAUUUGGAUUUGGAAACAAAUAUCUGGCCUUGCAGCAAGAUGUAAUGAUGUGGUAUAUGCACGUCCUAUGAUUUCACACUCUCAUGAAUUUCUUAUUUACUUUGGUGGCGACAUUCAAGAUUUGCAAGAAAAUAUGGUAAAAUGUUCAGAAAAGAAAAAAUAUACAGAGUGGAGUUUGGAUAAUACUGCAAAUAUACUAUCACACAACUUUCCUAAAUAUCAUGUAUUCGUUAUCCGUCCAUCUAGGACAUCCAACGUAUUUAGUUGCUUUGAUAAUUUUGUAAAAUGCAGUGAUUAUGGAAUCCCAACAUUUUCUUCUACAUACAACGCUUUAGAAAAUCUUCAAGAACUUGUUAGAUCAUUUUGUACAAAACUUAAUACAUUAGAUGUAAAUCAGGAUACAGCGAUAUAUACACCUGAUAAAGUAAAUCUAAUGUUAAUGGCUUUUAGCAAAGGAUGUGUAGUAUUAAAUCAAUUUCUGUACGAGUUUCAAUAUUAUCAAUCACAACUGAUACCUGACGCUAGUAUGAUAAAUUUUAUAAAUAAUAUUAAAAGUAUGUGGUGGUUAGAUGGUGGUCAUGGUGGUUAUAAAGACACCUGGGUUACGGAUAAAAACGUCCUUGAGUCAUUAGCGAAGUUGAAAAUAGAUAUUCAUGUACAUGUGACACCAUAUCAAAUUCAGGAUACUUCUCGACCCUGGAUCUCUAUGGAAGAAUCUUGUUUUUAUAACACGCUACAAAGUUUAAAUGUUCCUAUACAACGUAUUGUACAUUUUGAGAAUAAACCACGUAGUAUAAUAAUGCAUUUCAAUAUACUUAAAAUUGUAAGAGAUACAUAAUUCUUAUAUUAAAAAUAAAGACUAGAUGAAUAUUAAAAUAAUCUAUAUAGAAACGGUCAGUCUAUUACAAAAUCUUACAAAGUCAAUCUAUUAUAGAAAACUUUACUUUUUAUUUUCCUAAAUUAUCAAGGAAGCCAUACAUAGAUAAUCUGCUUCUCUAUCAAUAAUGUCAAAUUUAUGCAUAUAGAAUAAAAAACAACUUCAAGUUAUAUUACAGUUAUGUACACAUAUAUAUAAAUAAAUGUGAAAUAGGAAUGUA